GUUGAAACAAUGGUGCAAAUAAAGAAGCAUCACCAAACACUAGUUUUCGUCUUGUUCUUGAUUAUCCUAUUGUCUUUAACAAGCAAGUCAGGAUCAUCAUCAUCAUCAGAGUCAUCAAAAAAUCGAAAGCAUCACUUUGUUUUAGUGCAUGGAUCGUGCCACGGAGCAUGGUCGUGGUACAAGGUUAUUACACUUCUCAAAUCAUGGGGUCACAAUGUGACUGCCUUAGACUUGGCAGCUUCAGGGGUCAACCAAAAGCAGGCUUUGGAGCUCAAAUCAAUUUCUGAGUACUUUGAGCCUCUGACUAAGUUCAUGGCUUCAUCAGUGGGUGAAAGUCAAAGAGUAGUUCUUGUUGGUCAUAACCUUGGUGGCCUAGCCAUAUCCCAUGCCAUGGAACAUUUUCCUCAUAAGAUUUCUGUGGCGGUCUUUGCUGCUGCUUUGAUGCCUGGUCCAAUGCUCAAUAUCCCCACCAUUAAUCAAGAAGACCAGGGAUAUAAAAAGAAAAGGCCAUUGCUAGACAAUUACUACGCUUAUGAUGAAGGACCAAACAAAUCUGCCACGAGAUUCUUCUUCGGGCCAAACUACCUCGCUACUUACUUAUAUCAACUUAGCCCACAACAGGACUGGAAUCUAGCAACAACACUGGUAAGACCACGAAAAAUAUUUAGUGAUGAAGAUAUGAUAAAUGUGUUAGCCCUAUCGCACACAAGAUACGGUUCAGUGAGUCGCGUCUUUGUUAUGACGGAAAAUGAUCAUUCUGUAGAUCCGAAAUUUCAACGGUGGAUGAUUACAUAUAAUCCUCCUAUUUGUGUUGUUGAGAUCUCGGGAUCCGAUCACAUGGUCAUGAUGUCCAAGCACAUUGAGCUUUCUCAUAAUUUACAAAUAGUUGCAAACCGUUAUGAUUAAUAGAAUGUGUUUUUGUGUAGAGCGUCUGUACGAGGUAUGUCGUCACUUUAAAGGGAGAUGUCUUGAUUUCUUCUUAGAUUAGGUAUAUGCCAAACUUUAGAAAAUAUUAAAUACAUAGGAUACUUGUAAAAGACACAUU